ACUUUCUUGUACUCGUCGGGAAGUGAAAACAGUUGAUCCGUGGUUGCAGACCGUACCGUCCGUUUAAUUUGAGCUUGGAUACCGCCGGUUCGGUUUACGAUUCAGUUACGUGUCCCAAAUUGUGGUGUUACUGCGCGCCAAUUAGAUUUUGAGCUUCAGGGAGGCCUGCAGUGUAGAGUGUGGUUCCACUUGUCGUGAUACCGGGGACUUGCUUUCGAUCCACAGAAUGCUCAAUAUUCCGAACGAGAAGGUACGUGGACACCAGCGUGUACCAUCGGAUACGAAAGAGUUCCACGAGGCGACCAAGCGUGAUGCGUUGAUGCGUUUGAAGAAAGACCUGGACAAUUUGCUGGAGACGGUUGAAGAUGUGCGGCGGCCCACAGUUCAGAAGGAAAUGUGCGGUUUCGAGGCACUCUACCAUCGAUUCCUGCAGGAGGACGGACCCUCGGUCGACUGGGAUCGGAUUGAGAAGCUGCCGGAAGGAGCGGUAAAGGAUUAUUCGACGAUUAAAUCGCCCCAGGAAGAUCACAUCCGUGACAUGCUGGACAAACUAGUGGUGGUGAAGCUUAACGGCGGGUUAGGCACGUCGAUGGGAUGUCAUGGGCCAAAAAGUGUAAUUCCCGUGCGUAAUGAUUUGACUUUCCUAGAUCUAACUGUCCAGCAGAUCGAGCAUUUGAACAAAAAAUACAAUGCUAACGUACCACUGGUCCUCAUGAACUCCUUCAACACCGACGAAGACACGGAGAAGGUUAUCCGGAAGUACAAGGGUUUCCAGGUGCAGAUCUACACCUUCAAUCAGAGCUGCUACCCACGAAUUAGCCGGGACUCGCUUCUUCCGGUCGCUAAAGAUUUUGCCAUCGAGAAUGAUAUUGAAGCAUGGUACCCGCCUGGUCACGGUGAUUUCUACCAAUCUUUCCAAAACUCGGGGCUACUGAGAAAGUUCAUUGAAGAAGGUCGGGAGUACUGCUUCCUCUCCAACAUCGAUAAUCUGGGCGCAACGGUGGACAUUAAGAUUCUGAACCGUCUAAUUGGUGAUGAUCGACAGGGUGACAAGCCGAUCGAGUUUGUGAUGGAGGUUACUGAUAAGACGCGCGCGGAUGUGAAAGGUGGUACGCUGAUAAACUACGAGAACAAACUGCGACUAUUGGAAAUCGCGCAGGUACCGAAAGAGCACGUGGAUGACUUCAAAUCGGUCAAGACGUUCAAAUUCUUCAACACAAACAACAUUUGGGCACGACUGGAGUCGAUUGAGCGAGUGCUCAAUGCAAAGACGAUGAACAUGGAGAUCAUCGUGAACAACAAAACUCUGGACAACGGUAUGCGCGUGAUCCAACUGGAAACGGCCGUCGGUGCAGCGAUGAAGUGUUUCGACGGUGGCAUUGGUAUCAAUGUUCCACGGUCAAGAUUUUUACCUGUCAAGAAAACUUCGGACUUGCUACUCGUGAUGUCCAACUUGUACAGUCUAAAAUACGGUUCAUUGGUAAUGUCACCACAACGCAUGUUCCCGACGACGCCACUGGUCAAGUUGGGUGACAACCAUUUCAGCAAAGUCAAUCAGUUUCUUAGCCGUUUUGCCAAUAUUCCGGACUUGAUCGAGCUCGAUCAUCUCACCGUGUCUGGUGAUGUUACCUUCGGGCGUGGGGUUUCCUUGCGAGGCACGGUUAUUAUCAUAGCUAACCAUGGCGAUCGUAUUGAUAUCCCGGCCGGUGCCAUCCUAGAAAACAAGAUUGUAUCCGGUAACAUGCGUAUUCUUGAUCAUUGAAAACUUCGAUGGCCACUUAAACUUUACACCCCAGGCCAGUUAGUUUCUUAGAAGCUUUACUACUAAAGAAUACGUUAUGGUAUGACUAUUUAGAAACGUGGUUAUCAUUAGAUGAUGAAACAGCAAUACAAAAAAAUAAUAACUAAAAGGCGGAUUUAAAGCUCUCAUGUUUGAUUGGUUUAUGUAGUUUAGAUGGUUUUUCAAUGCGUGUUUUUUGUAUCAUUGUUGUUUAAUAAUGUGUUUAAUCCGCACAAAAUACUUCAUAUAAAUAGGAGCGUUUUUUUUUACAUGAGGCGUUAAAUAAAACGGUUGAAUCAAAGCAAAGUGAUUUCAUAAAUAAAUUCCUGUCGACAUAUGGUCAUGCAAACA